GAGACAGUUGAGUGUGAAGUGAAUGACGUGUGGCGUCAGCUGUUAUCAGCGUGAGCCACGUGUGCGUCGCGCUGGACCGGACCAUCCCGUCAGAUCUGACCCCCCGCGAGCGCACAAGCACACGCAUGACCUGACAGGACUCCAAAACACCCCCUCACACCUUACCCCCGCACACCCACUGUUACAGAGCACAAGGUUAGGAGACGAGGGAGUGAGGAUUGAGAAUGGAGGCAGUGCACGCAGACGAGUUCACGGUGGAGGCAGUGGAGAGGGCUCUUCAGCAGCUCUACUAUGACCCUGAUAUGGAGCAGAAGAAUGUGGCCCAGAAGUGGCUCACACAAGCCCAGGCAUCACCACAAGCCUGGCACUUCUGCUGGGCUUUGCUCCGGCCAGACAAAGUUCCUGAGAUCCAGUUCUUUGGGGCAAGCACAUUGCAUGCUAAAAUCUCCCGUCACUGGUCCGAGCUCCCGCCAGGUCAGUUGGACUCGCUCCGCUCACAGCUCAUCGCCCAGGUCGGCCAGUUUGCGUCGGGGUCUAAGAUGGUGCUGACGAGGCUCUGUGUCGCUCUGGCCUCUUUGGUUCUUCACGUCUUACCCGAAACGUGGCCGACGGCAGUACCAGAUCUUCUGUGUGCCUUCCAGACUGGAGAGAGUGUGACAGAGGCUGGCGGUCAAUCCCGAUGGCUCGCGCUCCUAGAGCUCCUCUCCGUUCUGCCCGAGGAGCUGCAGAGCAGCAGGAUCCCGGCCUCUCGGCGCUCACAGCUGAGGAGCGCUCUGGCUGUGGACUGGAGCUCGGUCUGCUCCCUGCUCCAGCAGUUACUCCAGCGGCCGGACGCACCCUCUCCAGUCAGAGAGCGGGUGCUGAGGUGUGUGUCCUCCUGGCUCACGCUCGAUAUCGCUUUAAAAGACAGCGAGGGGUUGCUGGAGAGCUGCUUCGCUCUGCUGAAGGAGUCGGAGAUGUUUAACACAGCCGUAGAGACAAUCGUCAGCAUCAUCUCACAGCCCGACUGUCAGAGGUUUGCAGACAGUCUGCUGAAGGUGGUUCCUCAGGUGCUGGCUCUUCAGGAGCAGCUAAAGAAGGCGGUGCAGGAUGGAGACAUGGAGACGUCUCACGGAAUCUGUCGCAUUGCUGUAGCUCUGGGAGAAACCCACUGCAGGACUCUUCUGGAGCAGGUGGAUCACUGGCAGGGCUUUCAGGCUCUAGUGAGCAUGAUUAUGUCCUGCACAGGUACACCUGGACACUAUCCUGUGGAUGAGACCUCCAGCUCGCUCACGCUCACAUUCUGGUACACCCUACAGGACGAUGUAACGUCAUUGGAUGCUGAGAGGCAGACACUCUAUCUCCAAAUCUACAGGCCUGUGUACUUCCAGCUGGUGGAUGUUCUGCUGCAGAAGGCCUGCUUCCCCAGAGAUGAGGACUAUGCUGGGUGGUCCGCAGAUGAUAAAGAGCAGUUCAGGACAUACAGGGUUGACAUCUCGGAUACUCUGAUGUAUGUGUAUGAGCUGCUGGGCCCAGAGCUGCUCAGAAACCUGUAUGAUAAACUAGGCUCGCUGCUGACGGACUCAACACAGCCCUCCUCAUGGCAAGAUAUAGAGGCUCUGCUCUUUGGCUUUCAGUCCAUUGCUGAGACAGUGGAUGUCAGUUACUCAGAUGUUAUCCCAGGACUGAUCGCUCUGAUUCCUCUCAUCACAGCAAACAAUCUUCAGCUGGCUGAGACCAUCAUGUUCACCAUAGGCUCUCUGGCCGAGUGGUUGGCCGAUCAUUCACUCAUGUUGGCGAAUGUGCUUCCUGUGGUGUUGCAUGGUCUGUCCAACCCGGAUCUGUCUGUGGCUUGUGUCUCUGCUCUGAAGAGAAUCUGUCGAGAGUGUCGACACGACCUCCUCCUCCACACCAGUGAUAUCAUGGCCGUCUCACAGGCGGUGCUUGUCAAAGACAUCCAUAAAAGUCCUCAGUGUAUGUGGAUCAUGCAGGCUCUGGGGUUCCUGCUCUCAGCCCUGCCCCGUGAGGAGAUCCUGGGGAAGCUGCUCUCUCUGGUCACCCCUCACAUCCAGCGGCUGGAGAAACUGGCCAGUGAGCCGCCCAGUUCUGCUAAUAAGCUUCCUGUUGUCCACAUCCUCGGCCUGCUGUCCAAUCUCUUCUCUACAUUUGACCUAAACAAGCAAAGCCAAAGACUGGAGGUCAUGAGGCCUGUCCAAACACAGCCACACAACGACAACCCGGUGGUGGUGGUCCUGCAGCAGGCCUUCCCUCUGAUCCAGACCAUUGUCAGCAAGUGGCUCAAUGAACCAGACGUGGUCGAGGCGGUGUGUGCUGUCUUUGAGAAAUCUCUGAAGACCCUUCUCCAUGACUUCGCACCACUGGUGACCCAACUCUGUGAGCUCAUUGGUCAGAUGUUCGGUGCUUACCCACAAGCCUCGGCUUUAGACCUCACACGACAAUUAGUUCACAUUUUUGGCUGUGAGAAGGAUCUCUUUUCUCCAAUCCUUGCUCUGUUGGAGCUGAUUACCAACAUCACCAUGUCCAUUUUUCAUCACGGCUCCAGAGAUCAUCCAGAUGUGGUGGAGUCAUUCAUGCAGCUUCACGCUCAGGUUUUGAGAAGAAAGGCUGACCUUUAUCUUUCAGACCGUCUUGAUAUCAAAGCUGUUUUCUACUGUGGAAUCUUGUCAUUCAAAUUUCCUGAAACUCCAACACUGAAAGCAACCUGUCUGCUAUUUACGGAGCUGAUCUCUCAUUGUGAGGAGAUUCCUGCUGUGAGGGAGGUGCUACAGGAGGAUGGCAAGCUGCUCCUUCAGACCCUACUCGAGGCCAUUGGGGGUCAGUCCCCACGCAGUCUGACGGAGCACUUUGCAGAAGUCUUGUUCUCAGUGAGUCGUAACUGUCCCAGCAUGCUGUCUGUGUGGCUUAGAGAGGCUCUUCUGCCCCCUGGCUUCCCCAGCUCACAUCUCACCACUGAGCACAAAGACCACUUCUGCCAGCAGAUCCUCAGGGAACAAGUGAGUAAGCAACGGAUGAAGGACAUUGUGAAAGAGUUUGCUUUGUUGAGUCGAGGACUACAAGGUACCGAGUGUGCCGCGAACUACUAAACACUCUCCAAACAAGAUCCAGAGUGGAGUCGUCAUUGCUUUAGUAAUGUGGGGUCAAAAGAUCCAGUGCACUGUUUUGAAUACAAUCUAGCCAUAUUGUUAACGGGUUAGUGCUGUCAAACGUUUAAUCGCAAUUAAUAAAAUAAACGUUUUUGUUUGCAUUAUAUAUGUUUUCUGUGUAUAUUUAUUAUGCAUAUAUAAAUACACACACGCACAUACAGUAUAUAUUUUGAAAAUAUUUACAUUUAUUUACUAUGUCUAUAUUUAUAUUUUCAUAUAAUUUAUAUUAGAAAUAUACCUUUUUAUAUAUAUAUAUAUAUAAACAACCUAUUUUUCUUAAAUAUAUACAUGCAUGUGUUUAUUUAUAUAUACCUGAAAAAAUACAUAGAACACAUACAUAAAUCAUGUUAAUAACUUUUAUUUUGGAUACGAUUAAUCGCGAUUAAUCAUUUGACAGCACUAGUUAUAUUAUUAAAACAAAACAUCCUUAAAACAAGAUACAUUUAAUCAUGACUUGUUUUCAAAGAAUAUAUUUCUAUUUUUUCUUAUUUAUUUUAGGAUACACCUUGCUAAACAUUAGUUAGGUUAUGCAACGUUACAUGGUUAUGCAAAUCUUAUACAUUUGUAGAUUUUUAUGAAUGGUGUUUUUUCUGGUUCUGUGGAAACCCGUGGAGCUUUGCAAGCAGUUUUGUGUUUUUUCAGUGAAACUUUAAACUUUUACAUCUUAAAUAAAUCUCAUAUUUCAAAUAAAAAUGUGUGAAAGUUAGCUUUGCAA